GCUGGUAUAGAGGAAGCCAAGACUGAAGAAAUUAUGAAGCUACAGUCUGCUUUGGAAGAAAUUCAACUUCACCUUCAAGAGACCAAAGAUUUGCUAAUGAGAGAGCACGAGAAAGCAAAGGAGGCGGCUAGGAUAGAAGAAGCCCAAACUGAAGAACUUGUGAAGCUACAGUCUACUUUAGAAGAAAUCUGAUU